CGGCUACCAAAUCUCUCUCUCUCUCUCUCUCUCUCUCUCUCUCUCUCUGAAAUUCGUUUUUCUCUCUCUAAAAUCAACCUGUGAAUCUGAGAGAGACACCCUUUGGGAGGAACGAGGAGAAAGAAAACCCCAAAAUCUUUUCUUCUUCUUCUUCUUCUUCUUCUUCUUCUUCUUCUUCUUCUUCUUCUUCUUCUUCUUCUUCUUCUUCUUCUUUGCUUCCGCAAUCUUCACAGAGCAGAUUUAUGGAUAACAGGUGCAAAUCUGGUUCACAGCAACUUCGUUUCGUCGCAAAACUCUUCCAUCAACAGCAAGCUUCUGGUUUUGUACUUCCAUCGCUUUUUCAGCCCUUAGAUAGAUCCAUUCCUGGCUUUCCCUUUCAACGCUUUGGCCUUCACAAGUAGUAUUCAACCUACCCUCUUUCUUUCUCCUGUUAUUGUUUUCUGAAAAAAGGUCUCUAUAUUACGGUUUCAUUUGUUCUCGUUCUGUGUAUGCUGCACAAGUCUUCUGAUAGAGAGAUAAAGUCAUUUUUGAUCAAAUUACGGUGUACGGACCACGAUGACCACAUCAGCCGGAUCAUCCCUUAAGAUGUCGUGGUCCAGGAGCAAACAGACUUCUGGUUGGACAGCUUUUGAUCUCAAGCAGAAAAACAAGAACUAUAUUGAAUCAGAAGUUGACAAGGAUCCUUUCCCACCUAUAGGCUCGUCUGGUUCUAUGCGACAUGGUGAUAAGUUAGGCAAGAAGAAACAUGUUCCGGUGAAGCCUUUCUCUUCGGUGCUUCUACCUAAUGAAAAUUUCCCUUCCCUUUCGGAGGGCGGGAAUGGUCGAAAGGCGGUGCUUGGUUAUGAUUCUGAUGGAAAAUCUUGUGGGACUACUGUUCAGGAAGAUGUUAAUUUAGCUUUUAAAAAGCUCAAAGACCAGCAUCCUUGGGCUGAAAAUAGCCUGAUUGAUGAUAUCUUGGUCGCUGUUAAUAAUAGUGUUGAUAAGGCCGUGGCUUUAUUGGAAACAAUGGCUUCUGCAGACAAUUUCGAAGAAUGCAAAGUAUCGAGUUAUCCUCACCCAAGGCCAACUAUUUCUAAGACGGGUGAAAGUCAAACUUUAGAAAUGGUCAAAGAUGACAUUUUCUUCAAUUCUAGUAUUGUUGGUCGCAUCCAAGAUAAUGAUAAAGACUUGGAGAAUAGAAAUUCUUCCUCAGGUCAGAAGUUUUCUGAUGUCAGUGACCUGAAAUACAAAAUGAACCUCUUGAAUUCCAUUCCGGUCGAGCCUGAAUGGGAAGAGGACGACAUGUACCUCAGCCAUCGAAAGGAUGCAUUGAAGACAAUGAGGUCAGCAUCACGACAUGCCAAGGCAGCCGCUAAUGCUUUUCUUAAAGGCGAACACUUUUCAGCCCAGCAACAUUCAACAAGAGCUAGGGAGGAAUGGCAUAAUGCAGAAAAACUUAAUUCUGAGGCAGCCACUAAAAUUUUGAGCAUCAGGAAUAGUGAUAAUGAUAUCUCUAGAUUGGAUUUGCAUGGGCUCCAUGCAGCCGAAGCUGUCCAAGCAUUGCAAGAACAUCUCCGUAGAAUUGAAAGUCAAGGCUUCUCGAAGAGCUCAGCCCCUUCAAAUGGCGUGAAGAAGAAUGGCCGUGCACAUUCUCUUGGAUCUCUUAACUUCAUGGAAUGGGAAAACUUGGAUAAGCCAUUAAGGCUUAGAUCAUUAGGUCUACAUGUCAUAACAGGCGUUGGCAAUCACAGCCGAGGACAAGCUGCUCUUCCUACAGCUGUAAAAAGUUUCCUCAGUGAAAACAGAUACCGAUUUGAGGAGAUGAGACCAGGAGUAAUCACAGUGUGGCCCAAGUUUCGUCAGAGUUGACAACAAAUAUGUUAUACUCAUACCAUGGAGUAUUAUUGUGGGGAUCUGAAAGUUUAUAUACUCUGUAAUUUUAUUAUGUGCUUCAUACUGCAGUUACUAUAUCACACUAUGCAGAGGGGAGAUUUAAUUAUAAUUUGGAAACUAUGUAUAAUCUAUCCUUUUCAAGGGAAUAUAUUCAUGCAUUAUUAUUUAUCA